CUACAUCAACCAUCAUCUUAUAUCUGAUAUUAGUUGAACGAAUCGACUGAAAGGUUGCUGAGUGAUCCACGAGCAAGAGCUGCGUGUGGCAGCUCUAAACACCAUGAAAUCCUUCGUCCACCAAGUCGUUUUCACCUUAUCCCCUGGAAACUGGACAAAUUAUCCCCUCGACUUCUGGCUGAGCUUCCUCUCACUGUUCUUUACGAGAUUUGGCUCUGCCCUGCUAAGCGCACCAUAUCCAAGACUGCUUGAGGAGAAGAUUUGCCAACAUUAUCUCGACAGGACAGAGUCACGGAGGACUCAUGUUCCAAUGGAAAGUGAGUGUAAGAGCCCAGAAGUGGAAGGCCAGCUGGGGUCUCUAUGAAUGGUGAUAACAAUAUGCUCCAUGAUAGCAGGUACAGUAUUUUGUCUUGUGCAUGGGUCCAUACUAAUCUUGCAGCCGCCGUGAUGUAGAUAUCGAUUGGUAUUAUCUUCGAUAAAAAGGGAUGACGCCGGGCUUUUCGGCUCAACGCUAUCGGUACAAUUCUAUGUUGGGGGUUUGUGACUAUAGUUGGGUCUCUGCACAGUCUUCCAGCAUGAUUGCUAUGUCUGGCGCCGGUAUUCGUCCUGGUGGGAGGAGGACCAUGGCCAAUAGGUGCCUUGGCCUAUGCUGCCAUCAACAGGAAGAUUUCAUAUGAGAAAAGGUAGGAGAUAUCAAGCUUUGAGAUGCUUGUCAGCUAAUUAGUCUGGUAGAAC